UGCAAAAGCGUAUAUAUAUGGUUGCAACGAAAAUAUGCAGCAUGCGUUGUAGUAAGGGUGAACAGGAAACAUCUAAUAUUUCAAGAGCUACGAGCUUAAAGAUGGUUAGUAAAAAGUUUUCUCUUCUAGUAAUAGCUAUUCUGCUGUCAUCCAUCUCAGAAAGUCUUUCUGGUCGCCAUGUUGCUGUUUGCAUCCAGAACUGUGCCCAAUGCAAGCGUACAUUUGGACCAUUCUUUGAAGGUCAAAGAUGCGCGGAGUGGUGCAUUCGAGUUCAAGGCUCCAGCUUACCAGACUGCUCUGAGCUGGAUUCUAUUGCCGAAUUUCUUACAAAGUUGGAAUAAAUCAAAAAGCAAAACUGCUUACUGCUUUUAGAAUCAU